AUGGCCCACGAGAAGACAGUCACAUCCCAGGCCAGCGCCGACCUGGACGAGGCUCAGGCCCAGGCCGACGCCCUCGUCCUCGACAUCUCUGCCCGGCCCGACGUCGAUGUUGCUGCCCAAUUCCUGGCCAAGCUCGACCCAGCCAUCACGGCGGAGCCCAUCACCGCCCAAGAGUCCCGUCGUCUCCUGUGGAAAAUUGAUCUGAUCCUGAUUCCCAUCCUCAGCACCACCUGCAUCUUGGCCGCGGUGGACAAAGUCAUCAUCAGCAACGCCGCCAUCUACGGGAUGCGCACCGACGCGCACCUGGUCGGCAACCAGUUCUCGUGGGUCGGGUCCAUCUUCUACUUUGGCUACCUGUUGUUCGAAUACCCGGGGGCAAUGCUGAUCCAGCGCUUCCCUGUGGCCAAGGUGCUGUCGGUGGCGUGCCUGGCAUGGGCGGUGCUGCUGCUGUGCACGGCGGCGACCAGCAACUUUGGCGGGCUGGCCACGGUGCGGUUCCUGAUGGGCAUGGCCGAGGCGUUUGUGUUCCCCAUCAGCACGCUCAUCACCGUCAUGUGGUGGACGACCAAGGAACAGCCGAUCCGGCUCGCGUUCUGGUUCAACCAGGGGUCCUCGAUCUUCUCGGGCAUCAUCAGCUACGGCAUCGGCCACACGCACACGGCCCUGCACCCGUGGCGGCUGCUCUUUCUCGUGCUGGGCGCCUUCUCCGUUGUCUGGGCCGUCUUCCUCUGGAUCUUCCUGCCAGACUCGCCCACCACGGCCCGGUGGCUGACGGAGCGGCAAAAGUAUGUCUGCCUGGUGCGCAUCCAGGGGAACAACACCGGCCUGGAGGACAAGAAGAUCAAAUGGUACCAAGUGCGCGAGUGCCUGCUGGACCCCAAGACCUGGCUCCUGGCGCUGUUUUCCUGCGCGCAAAACAUCCCCAACGGCGGCCUGGUCACGUUUGCCGCCAUCAUCGUCACGGGGCUGGGCUAUUCGCCGCUCAACACCACGCUGCUGGGCAUCCCGACCGGCGUGCUCGCUACUGUCUGGCAAUUAUUGCUCUCGGUGCCGUCGUCGCGCGUCCCGAAUUCCCGCUGUGCCAUCAUCGCCGUCGCCAAUCUCGUGCCCAUGAUCUGUGCCAUCCUGAUGUGGAAGCUGCCGCGCUCCAACAAACACGGCCUGCUGGCCGCCUACUACGUCUUCUACACCUACUGGGCCCCCUACGUGCUGUCGACCUCGCUGCCCAUGGCCAACACCUCGGGCCAUUCCAAGAAGGUCACCAUGAACGCCAUCUUUUUCACCGCCUACUGCGUCGGCAACAUCCUGGGGCCUCAGGUGUUCAAGGCGUCGGACGCGCCUGACUAUUCUCACGGCUAUGCUGGUCUGCUGGCCUGUGUGGUCGUGGCCAUUGCCUCCAUUUCCGCCUAUGGGGUUUUGUGUUGGCGCGAGAAUAAGAAGCGAGACCGGGAGGGAGUGGGAGCCGAGCAGAUCUCCGAAGAUGCCUUUUCUGAUCGCACGGAUCAGGAGAAGAGGGAGUUCCGCUAUGCGUUUUAG